AUGUCUAAAAAACUUCAAUUACUAAGAAAUUUAAUGAAAAAUGGUUCUUUAACCAAUGGAAAAAUUGUUAAUGUUUAUCUUCUCCCAAGAACUGAUCCUCAUAAGUCUGAAUAUAUUAGUGAUCGUUAUCAACGGGUUAAAUUUAUUUCUGGAUUCAGUGGUUCAAAUGCAAUGGUUUUAGUAACUAAUAGUAAAGCUUUAUGUUGGACAGAUGGAAGAUAUUUUGAUCAGGCUAUUGAGGAAUUUGAGGAAGGAUGGGAAUUAAUGAAACAGGCUGUUCCUGAUUCUAUAACACCACUAGAAUGGAUAGAUUUAAAUAUUCCUAGUGGUAGUGUAAUAGCUUUUGAUUCACAUCUUGUGUCACAGGAAACAGCAAUAACAAUGAAAAAUAAACUUGAGGCAUUGAAAAUAGAAUUAUUGCCUAUUGAAAAGAAUUUUGUUGAUGAAAUUUGGGAAAAUAGACCAGAAGAGGAAAUUAAAAAAAUAAAACUACUAGGUGUAGAGUAUGCUGGAGAAGAUGUUCCUUCUAAAAUUGAAAGAUUAAGAGAUACUAUUAGAGAAAAAAAAUGUGAUUCAAUUAUUUUAACUCUUCUUGAUGAUAUUGCAUGGUUAUUUAAUAUUCGUGGAAAUGAUAUAGAAUAUAAUCCUGUUGUUUUUUCUUAUGCUUUAAUAACAAUGGAUGAAUCUUAUUUAUUUAUUAAUAAAAAAAAAUUACCAGAAGGAUAUGAAGAACAUUUAAAGGGUGUUAAAAUUUUUGAUUAUGAAAAAAUUUCUGAUAUUUUAAAAGAAUAUCAUAGUAAAAAUAAAGAAAAUAUAUCACAUAAAAUGUGGGUUCCAUCAACAACAAAUUAUGGAUUAUCUUCAUUGAUUUCUGAGGGAAAUACUUAUGCUUCUCUAUCACCUGUUCAAGUUUUGAAGGCAAUAAAAAAUGAGACAGAACUUAAUGGUAUGAGGCAAGCACACAUCCGUGAUAGUGGUGCUGUAAUUGAAUUUUUGAUAUGGCUUGAGGAAGAAUUAAAAAGUGGAAAAACUCUUAGUGAAAAAAUUGCAAUGAAUAAGUUAGAUUCAUUAAGAUCAACAAAAGAUAAAUUUGUUUCUUUAUCCUUUGAUACUAUAUCAGCUGUCAAUGAACAUGCUGCAUUACCACAUUAUAAAAUGACUGAAAAAUCAAAUCUUCCAUUAAAAUUUGGUGAUGUUUAUCUUGUUGAUUCAGGUGGUCAAUAUUUUGAUGGAACUACUGAUGUCACAAGAACAGUAAUUGUUGGAGAUAAUAUUAACAAUGAAUUUAUUGAUCUAUUUACACAAGUUCUUAUUGGACAUAUUGAAUGUGCAAUGGCUAAAUUUCCUGAAGGAAUUAUAGGUUGCCGUUUAGAUUCAUUUGCCAGACAUUCUCUCUGGGAUAAUGGUUAUGAUUUUGGUCAUGGAACUGGUCAUUCAUUUGGAUCAUUUUUAAAUGUUCAUGAAGGUCCAGGUUCUAUAAGUUUUAGAAAUCCUCAGGAAAAUGGUCAAUUGAAGGCUGGGCAAAUGAUGACAAUAGAACCGGGUUACUAUAGAACUUCACAUUGGGGAAUUAGAAUUGAAAAUUGUUAUGAAAUAAUAAAAUGUAAUGUAAAUAGUGGUGCAUCAAACUUUUUAACAUUUUCACCAUUAACGCUCGUACCAAUACAAAAGAAAUUAAUAAAUAAGAAUAUGUUAUCAAGUAAACAGGUAAAUUGGCUCAAUGAUUAUCAUUCUAUGGUUUAUGAUAUAAUGACAAGUUACUUUAAAAGACAAUGUCAGGAGAAAGAAAUUUCAUGGCUUAAGGAAGCUUGUGCUCCUUUAUAA